AUGCGAAGUUCUGGGCAGGUCUGCGGGGUGCUGCUGAUCUCCGUGGCUCUCUGUUGUGUGCACCGGGCGCGCCCCCGGAACGUGCUGCUGAUCCUCGUGGACGACGGAGGCUUUGAGAGUGGCGUCUACAACAACAGCGCCAUCUCAACCCCGCACCUGGACGCCUUGGCCCGCCGGAGUCUUAUCUUCCGCAAUGCCUUCACCUCCGUCAGCAGCUGCUCUCCCAGUCGCGCCAGCCUCCUCACUGGCCUGCCCCAGCAUCAGAACGGAAUGUACGGCCUGCACCAGGAUGUCCACCACUUCAACUCCUUCGACCGGGUGCAGAGCCUGCCGCUGCUGCUGGGCCGAGCUGGCAUUCACACAGGCAUCAUUGGGAAGAAGCACGUGGGGCCGGAGAUGGUGUAUCCAUUUGAUUUUGCGUACACGGAGGAGAAUGGCUCUGUCCUCCAGGUUGGGCGGAACAUCACUAGAAUUAAACUGCUGGUCCGGAAAUUCCUGCAGACGCGGGGUAACAGGCCUUUCUUCCUCUAUGUCGCCUUCCAUGACCCCCACCGCUGCGGGCACUCCCAGCCACAGUAUGGGGCGUUCUGUGAGAAGUUUGGCAAUGGGGAGAGUGGCAUGGGGCGGAUUCCAGACUGGACCCCCCAGACCUACAACCCGAAGGAUGUGCAGGUGCCUUACUUCGUCCCUGACACUCCAGCCGCCCGAGCUGACCUGGCUGCUCAGUACACCACCAUUGGCCGGAUGGACCAAGGGAUUGGACUUGUGCUCCAGGAGCUGCGUGGAGCAGGCGUCCUCAAUGACACCCUGGUCAUCUUCACAUCUGACAAUGGGAUCCCCUUCCCCAGCGGCAGGACCAACCUGUACUGGCCAGGCACUGCAGAGCCCAUGCUGGUAUCGUCCCCGGAGCACCCAAAACGCUGGGGCCAGGUCAGUGAGGCCUACGUGAGCCUCUUAGAUCUCACGCCCACCAUCUUGGAUUGGUUCUCCAUCCCCUACCCUAGCUAUGCCAUCUUUGGCACAAAGACCGUCCAGCUCACUGGGCGGUCCCUCCUCCCAGUACUGGAGGCGGAACCCCUCUGGACCACAGUCUUCGGCAGCCAGAGCUACCACGAGGUCACCAUGUCCUACCCCAUGCGCUCCGUGUACCACCAGAACUUCCACCUUGUACACAACCUCCACUUCAAGAUGCCCUUCCCCAUCGACCAGGACUUCUAUGUCUCACCGACCUUCCAGGACCUCCUGAAUCGCACCACAGCUGGCCAACCCACAGGCUGGUAUAAGGACCUGCAUCACUACUACUACCGGGAGCGCUGGGAGCUCUAUGACAGGAGCCAGGACCCCCACGAGACCCACAACCUGGCUGCCGACCUCCGCUAUGCCCAGGUUCUGGAACUGCUUCAGACCCAGCUGGUCAAGUGGCAGUGGGAGACCCAUGACCCCUGGGUGUGUGCUCCGGAUGGGGUGCUGGAGGAAAAGCUGGCUCCCCAGUGCAGGCCACUCCACAACGAGCUGUGA